GCGAGAAAGAAGAACCGACUCAACUUACUCCCUCUCUCUGGCGUGGAGAAAUCUACAAGCGCAGUAGGUGAUCACGUCCGUCGCUAUUCUAAAGGAAAAAUCAGUAUAUGCUGCUAUUUUAUGAUUGUCGAAUCGAUACCUAACCAUCGCCACCACUCUCCGACGCCACUGCACCGCUCUGCUAGUGUUAGUGCGUAGAGAAAUCUUGGUCGUAGGAAUCGUUCAAAUGCUGCAGUGCUUCUCUCUCAACUCGCCACCGGCAACUUCAACGUCGCAACCAAACUCACCUACCACACCCAUCCAUCUCCACGACUAUAAUGGGCCUCCGCCUUCUCGAGGUGGAACCUCGACGGAUGGUACGCCAGUGUCGAGCACUUUGCUAUCCCCUACUGUUAACCUCACUCGCGAAUACACCCUCGCUGUUCAAUCUAAUUCUUACAACGAGAUAUGGUCCAAGAUUCACGACUCCACCCAUCAGGAACUUGACGGAGAACAAAUUGAGUUUCAUUCUAACAAUGACCAUGGGGAGGCUCGCCAGUUGCUUUUGGCACAGGUUCUUCACCCAAACCGGGAAUGUGUUGAGGAGGCUCUCCACGAUGCCAGGCCCAACACUCUCACCCGCCUGGCAUCCAACUACUUUGAGCAUAGUGAAAACACUACCCACCUCUGCCUUCUCCUCCACGGAAGUGUAUAUCGUGCCCGUGCUCUGUAUGAUCCUCUCCAUAAGCUCCUUGAAGUCCUUCCUCUAGACUCAGACUACCUUACUCAAUCCCAAUGCAAUUACGCCUAUGAGAUCUUUCUCCAAUUUGAUCGUUGUGACAAUCCUUUCCCUUGCCCGGAUUCUCAUAACUUCCAGGAUAUCCGCCACAGCUUUUCGCAACUCAGGCAGCAACUAGAUCACCGACUUCGCAAGUCCCGCUCUAGAGUCAGCCUAGUUCGCCGAGCCACUACUGCCUCUGUGCUUUGCGUCAUUGGCUCUGCUGUAACUGUCACUAUAGCUGCCGCGGCAAUAGCAACUCAUGCCCUUGUUGCCGUUGUUGCCUGCCCCUUCUGCACUGUCAUGAACCUUCCUCGAAAACUCGCCAAGAAAGAGCUUGAACAUGCCAAGCAACUUGAUGCUGCAGCGAGGGGAACUUUUGUAUUAAACAGUGAUCUUGAUACUAUUGACCGUCUUGUUGCUCGCCUAUAUGCUUCUAUUGAGAGUGAUAAGCAUCUUAUUCGGAUGGGACUGGAAAGGGGUAAUGACAAGCAUCCCAUUUCAGAGGACUCAGUGGAAUAAAUGGUUCAUAUUCACUGGUUUCUUUUCAAUCCUUUUGAUGUACUGUUGGCAUUAGUAGUGAGGGAUUGCAGGGGUGAACAGGAGUGGACGUAGCUCUAAAUUUGCAUAUUCUGCUUUUGUGAACUGUGUUGGAUGCUUCAAGAACAAAUUGUGGUCAUCCGUACUAAUUUUGCCAAAUAAUAAGUGGUUCAUGUUUCAGAAAAGGAGAAUCUGUGUUUAUAACGUUGUGGUGCAGUCUGUGGUGCAUCACAGACUGUGGAGCGCAUAAUUUAUCUUUUUCUUUUUCUUCUUUGCAAAUGAGUAUGUAGCCUGCCUGUGUUGGAUUUGACUUCUGCAAAUUUGGCAUGAUUGGUCCCCAGCAACCAGCCCAUAUAAAGGAUGUUGGAUUGGGGUUUGGGAUAUAUAUGAUCAAUCCCGACUAGUUUGGAACAGAAACUUUGUUAUAUUGAAUUGAAUAUCAGAUAACAAUCUUCAUAGAAUGCUAAUGCAGAAUCAAGUUAUAAAAUCAUAGAAA